AUGGAUUGGGAAAAACUCCCACUUUAUUCGCAUAUUAUAACAAACACGCCUGUCUCACUUGCAAAAACUGUGGUGGAGGCAAAAGAAGAAGAAAAAAGAAUGGAGAAAAGGAGAGACGAAGAAGAAGGCAAGUCUCAUGUGAAAAGAGGGUUGUGGAAACCUGAAGAAGACAUGAUAUUGAGAAGCUAUAUCGAGACUCAUGGAGAAGGAAACUGGGCAGACAUCUCUCGUAGAUCCGGAUUGAAGAGAGGAGGGAAAAGCUGUAGGUUGAGAUGGAAGAAUUAUCUGAGACCAAAUAUCAAAAGAGGAGGCAUGUCACCUCAAGAACAAGACCUCAUCAUCCGCAUGCAUAAGCUUCUCGGAAACAGAUGGUCGUUGAUCGCUGGUCGUCUUCCAGGUCGCACUGACAACGAAGUCAAGAACUACUGGAAUACACAUUUAAACAAGAAAUCCAAUUCCAGGAAACAGAAUGCACCUGAAUCAGUCGAAGCCGCUCCUUUGGCCGAUAAGCCAGUUAUGUCUACAGAAGCGAGAAGAAGCCACGGAGAAGGAGAAGAAGAAGGCACUACCUGGAUGGAGGAGACAAACUGCUUUGGCUAUGACAAUCUUGUGUUUGACCCAUGUUUUGCCUUAACCGAUUUCUUUCCACUGCUGUAG